GCCACUGUGCAUUCGGCUAUUCUCUUCCCCAAUAUAUGUAAUUUUGCUUCUUGUUUCUUUCUCCCUACAAAAUUUGUUCAGAAAGAAAAGAAAAAAAUGGCGCUUGCUGCACCUGGGCAGCUAAAUACUGAAGUAUUGCCAUCUUAUGGCUCUCGAAGCGUCGACUGCUUCGAGAAAUUGGAGCAGAUUGGUGAAGGGACUUAUGGUCAAGUGUACAUGGCCAAAGAUAACAAGACCGGAGAAACUGUUGCUUUGAAGAAGAUACGAAUGGACAAUGAAAAAGAAGGGUUCCCCAUUACAGCCAUUAGGGAGAUUAAAAUUCUUAAGAAGCUUGAUCACGAGAAUAUUGUUAAGCUGAAAGAGAUUGUAACCUCCACAAGUACUGAAAAGGAUGAACAAAACAGUCAAGAGGGCGGUAAGUUUAAAGGUGGAAUCUAUAUGGUUUUUGAGUACAUGGACCAUGAUUUGACUGGCCUUUCUGAUCGUCCUGGACUGAGAUUUACAAUUCCCCAGAUUAAGUGUUAUAUGAAGCAGUUACUGUCUGGGCUUCAUUAUUGUCAUGCCUUUCAAGUACUUCACCGUGAUAUCAAAGGUUCUAAUCUUUUGAUUGAUAAUGAAGGCAAACUGAAACUAGCAGACUUUGGUCUUGCAAGAUUUUUUGCCACGGACCAUGGAGGAAAUCUUACCAAUCGUGUGAUUACCUUGUGGUAUCGCCCCCCGGAAUUGCUUCUUGGAGCCACAAAGUAUGGUCCAGCUGUAGAUAUGUGGUCUGUUGGUUGCAUAUUUGCUGAGCUUUUGCAUGGAAAGCCAAUAUUGCCUGGGAAAAAUGAGCCUGAACAACUAAACAAGAUAUUUGAGCUUUGUGGAUCUCCUGAUGAGAUCAACUGGCCGGAUGCUUCUAAGAUUCCUUGGUAUAAUAAUUUCAAGCCUUCAAGACCAAUGAAGAGACGUGUCAGGGAAAUUUUCAGACAUUUUGAUCGCCAUGCUUUAGAUUUGCUGGACAACUUGUUAGCUCUUGAUCCAAGCAAGAGAUGGACAGCUAAGCAAGCACUGGAUGCAGAGUAUUUCUGGAAUGACCCUUUACCUUGCGACCCCAAGAGUCUUCCAAAGUAUGAAUCAUCACACGAGUUCCAGACAAAGAAGAAAAGGCAGCAGCAACGGCAAAAUGAAGAGCAAGCAAAGAGGCAAAAACUACAGCAUCCUCAGCAGCAUACCCGCCUGCCUCCUAUCCAAAAUGUUGGUCAAGCUCCAUCGCAUUGGCAUGGAUCUAAUCAUCCCAUUAACAAUGCACAGGCUGCAGUAUCAUCUGGACCUAGUCAUCACCACUAUGGAAAGCCUCGUGGUCCACCGGCUGGUCCAAAUAGAUACCCAUCAAGCGGAAACCAGAGUGGAGGUUACAACCCAAGUCGUGGGAACCAAGUUGGUGGCUACAGUGGUGGCCCAUACCCACCUCAAGGACGUGGCCCUGGGAGCCAAGUUGGUGGCUAUAGUAGUGGUCCAUACCCACCACAAGGACGUGGCCCUCCAUAUGCUGGAAGUGGCAUGCCUGUACCUGGUCCAAGAGGAGCUCCCGGUGGUUAUGCUGGCCCUCAGGGGCGGAACUACUAAAGGGUCCAAUUGGGGGGGAUUUUUAGCUGAUCAAAUUUAUAUACCUGCGUGCAAAGAUAACACUUAGCCACUCAUGUUAUUUGACCUGCGUGCGAAGAUAACAUUUAACCACUCGUGUACAAGUAUUACGGACUUAACAUUUAUUUGAUGACUCGUGAUAUUUGUUCCAUUUAUUGCCUAGAUUUGUAUAGGUGUUAAUGCAAUUGUCUUCGCUACA